CGGGCUCCUCUGUCUGUUUUCGGCUGAAAAGCUCCAGCGCAGCGGCGCGACUCAAACCCCGAGCCCCGGGAGAGAGCUCCACAAGCGGACAAAGACACUCACGUUUCCCCCUGAGACCCGCCGCCCCCGAGACCCACCGGGACAGAACCACACCGGGACCGACCCGGAGCGGAGCCGCGGCCCCGGGAGCAGAGCCCGAGCCCCGCCGCGCACAUGGAGCCUUCCCCGGCCAAAGCCAAGCCCCAGGGCCGCCUGCUGCUGUCCACCCCGCUGGACGCCAAGGACGAGCUGGAGGAGAGGCUGGAGCGCUGUGUGGGGAUCGUUCAGUCUCUGACCAACGGACUGUCAGAGCGAGAAGCAAACGACGCUCUGACCGCCAACGUGUGUAAGGGGCAGCAGCAGCAUGAGGAAGUGUGUCUGGGUUUAUUUACUCUGAUCCUCACAGAACCUGCCCAGGCCCAGAGGAGUUACAGAGACUUGACUCUGGUGAACAGAGAUGGGAUGAACAUCGUUUUGGUUAAAAUGAACCAGAUCCUGAUGGAGAAGUUCCUCAAACUGCAGGACCAGCCACGCACACAGGUGGUGUGGCUGGUGCGGGAGCUGGUGAAGACCGGGGUGAUGGGAGCAGAUGGAGUCCUGAUGACGCUGCUCAAACAGAUCGCAGGGGGAGAUGUCUCCAGUAAGAACCUGUGGUUGGCUGAGAGCGCCCUGGACAUCCUCCUCGACCAAAAGGAGUGGGUGUUGAAGAGCGGGAUGCUCGUGUCCAUGGCCGUCUACACGUAUCUCAGACUCAUCGUGGACCACGGAGCCCCAAACCUCCUGAGCCUCAGACAGAAGGAGGUCGACUUCUGCAUCUGCAUGCUCCGAGAGAAGUUCAUGGAGUGUGUGGUGAUUGGCAGAGACCUGGUGCGUCUUCUGCAGAACGUGGCUCGGAUCCCAGAGAUGGAGCUUCUGUGGAGAGACCUGCUCCACAACCCCCAGAGUCUCAGCCCCGGCUUCACAGGGAUCCUGCAGCUCCUCACGUCUCGGACGUCCAGGAAGUUCUUGGCGUGUCGCCUGACGCCCGACAUGGAAACCAAACUGCUCUUCAUGACGUCCAGAGUGCGGUUUGGGCAGCAGAAGCGGUACCAGGACUGGUUCCAGAGGCAGUACCUGUCGACGGCCGAGUCUCAGUCUCUGCGCUGUGACCUGAUCCGCUACAUCUGCGGAGUCGUGCACCCGUCCAACGAAGUGCUCAGCUCCGACAUCCUGCCCCGCUGGGCCAUCAUCGGCUGGCUUCUGACGACCUGCACGUCGAACGUGGCGGCGUCCAACGCCAAACUGGCGCUGUUCUACGAUUGGCUCUUCUUCAAUCCCGAGAAAGACAGUAUCAUGAAUAUAGAGCCAGCGAUCCUGGUGAUGCAUCACUCCAUGAAGCCUCAUCCCGCCAUCACAGCCACUCUGCUCGACUUCAUGUGCAGGAUCAUCCCUCACUUCUUUCCUCCUCUGGAGUGUCAGGUUCGUCAGGGUGUUGUAAACUCUCUCACCUUCAUCAUGGAGAAGAGGGUCCUGGCGCACUUGGCUCCUCUGUUUGAUAAUCCCAAACUGGACCGAGAGCUCAGAGCCAUGCUGAGGGAACGCUUCCCCGAGUUCUGCAGCGCCCCCUCUCCUCCCGCUGAAGUGAAGUGUGAGGACUCGUCUCUGUUGGACUCGCACCUUUUGGACAAAGAUGAGACGUGUUACGACAACACAGAGGCGGCGUUUUCAGACGACGAAGAAGAGCUCAGUACAAAAGGAAAGAAGCGUGAGUUCCGGUUUCAUCCAAUCAGAGAGGCCGUGGUGGAGGAGCCCGCUGACAUCACACCCUGGCUCGACCAAUUAGAGGACAGCAUGAAGGACAAAGUGCAGCAGCUGCAGAAGACCAGUGACACAGAGACUCAGUGUGAAGUGAUGCAGGAAAUCGUCGACCAGGUUUUGGAGGAGGACUUUGACCAGGAGCAGAUGUUGGCUUUGGCCUGUUGUUUGUCGGAGCUUUUUAAAGAACAUUUCAGAGGAGACGUGUUACCGGAUGAGAUCACAGACGAGUCUCUGGAGGAGUCCGUGGGGAAGCCCGUGUGUUUGAUCUUCAGGAACCUGGUCCUGAUGCAGGAGGACAACAGCGGCUUCUCUGUUCUGCUCGAGCUCCUCGCAGAACUUUACCAGAAACAGCCCAAGAUCGGAUACCACCUGCUCUACUACCUGAAGGCCAGUAAAGCGGCGAAUGGAAAGAUGCUUCUGUACGAGUCGUUUGCUCAGGCGACGGCGCUCGGGGACCUGCACACCUGCCUCAUGAUGGACAUGAAGGCCUGUCAGGAAGACGACGUCCGACUGCUCUGCUUCCUCACGCCCUCCAUCUACACCGAGUUUCCAGAUGAGACUCUUCGGAGCGGGGAGCUGCUCAACAUGAUCGUGGCCGUGAUCGACUCCACCCAGCUGCAGGAGCUAAUGUGUCAUGUGAUGAUGGGAAACCUGGUGAUGUUCCGGAAGGAUUCUGUCCUCAACAUCCUCAUCCAGUCGUUGGAGUGGGAGACGUUUGAACAGUACAGCACCUGGCAGCUUUUCCUCGCCCACAGCAUCCCCCUGGAAACAAUCAUCCCCAUACUGCAACACCUCAAGUACAAGGAACAUCCAGAGGCUCUGUCCUGUUUACUCCUGCAGCUCAGGAGAGAGAAACCUUCGGAGGAGAUGGUGAAGAUGGUUUUGUCUCGGCCGUGUCACCCCGAGGAUCAUUUCACCACGAGUCUCCUGAGACACUGGGCCUCGAGACACGACGAGACGCUCGGAGAAAACAUCAAAGCCCAACUCAUCAAGAACAACAGCCAGCCCAGGAAGAGACAGAGUCUUCGCAGUAGCAGCAGUAAACUGGCUCAACUGACUCUGGAGCAGAUUCUGGAACAUCUGGAUAAUCUCCGACUGAGUCUGUGCAACGUCAAGAACAGCUUUUUCUCUCAGACUCCGAUUCUUCAGGCUCUGCAGCACGUGCAGGCGAGCUGUGACGAGGCCCACAAGAUGAGGUUCAGUGACCUCUUCUCAUUGGCCGAGGAGUUCGAGGACGCUCAGAGCAAACCUCCAAAGUCUCGACGGAAAGCGGCGGCCGCCUCCAGCCCUCGCCAACGGAAAGGAGCGGCUCCGCCCACCGCCACGGCAACCACAGAGGAGGAGAGCGCCAGCAGCAGCGCCUCGGAGGAGGAAGACUCCAAACCCAAAGCUCCGAAGAGGAAGAGGAAGGGUUCGUCUGCGGUGGGCUCUGACAGUGACUGAUCGUCCAAUCACAGAGCAGCGUGGACUCAGGACCCGCCUCCAAAUGGCUAAUCACAGCCCAGGAUCAUGGCGAAGGGAGGAGCUUGGCACAGACAGAUUUUUUGUUUUUUAAGACUAAACUGAACUCUGCGUCCCUACCAUGAUGCACUGGGGCUGUGUUUUUAACAAACUGAGAAAAAGGAGAAACUGAACCACAGCGAGGAGACUCCUAACUCCUAACUCCUUGUCUCCUUGUAAAAGGACUGAACUUUCUGAGGCUCUUAUUGUGAAGGAGCCACUUUAUUUUCAGCACUUCCUGAAACGUUGUUUUCAUAAAGAUUUUUUCUUUAAGCGUG